UUCAGCAGUAUUUAUAGACGGCGGAAGAGGUGUCUGCAAAACUUUGGGAAAAAGGAACCUCUAAUAUAGUUUUCAGCUUAAAAUAGACGUUUUGCAGACCUUCAGAAUGUGCGAAGUUCUACCUCAUAUGAUACAAGUGGCGAUGGCGGGAAAGGCAGUCACAAAAGUGGUUCACAGAUGCUACAGCGCAAAAGAAGACAGAAAUUUGGACUUGUCCGAGUGCCAACUCAUGUCCUUCCCAGAAGCUGUCUACCACUUGAUGAGAAAUACUGUCGUUUUAACCUGUGAUUUGUCAUCCAAUGUGUUCAGAAAGAUACCUGCGCAGUUACCCAUCAAAUUUGUAAAUAUAACAGAGCUUAAUUUGUCUCACAACAGGCUGAGUACAUUACCUGAAGAACUUAAAGAUUUAAAGGAACUGAAAAAACUAGAUGUUUCUCAUAAUGAUUUCCUUAUUUUGCCAAAAGUUGCCUUCAAAAUACCUCAUCUUCUGUACCUGAAUUUAAAGAAAAACUACAUUGCAGAUAUUGACAUCUCAAAAAUCAAAGCUUCUGCCUCCCUCAAAGAACUGAACAUGGAAGAGAAUCCAUUGACACGAACGGCAUACUUCCAGCUGAAAUCCCUGCCAUCCAAUAAAAUGCUUGUUCACGUGACUGAACCUCAACCUGAAGAUGACGAUGAUGAUGAUUUUGAUGCUAGUCCACCAAACAGUAGUCUUUGAAAGAUUCAGAUCAUCUCUGAUUUCUUUUCCAUGCCAUCAGAGCUGUGAUGAUAAAUGAUUUGACUGGCAGUCAUCCUAUGGAUGCUGUUGUAUGUGCGGCUUUUGUCAUAAAAACAUCAAGCAUUUUCUGUGGUAAAAAAAUAAUUAAAUAAUUAAUUAUAAAAUAAAUAAAUAAAGAAUAAUCUAAAACAAAUGAAUAAUUAUAAAAAUAACUCCUACAAGGCAUUCCUUUAUCAUCUACCUCAAAAUAUAUUUUUUGAAUCCUUCUCAAAAAUUAAUUCAAAAUGAUAUAGGGUUUCAAGUCAGUAUUUAAACAAGGAAAAAAAAGGCUAUCGUCAUUUAAAGAGUCAUUAAUAGAGAAGGCGAGACGUAAACAUCAACACAAUUAUGGAACGAAACAGGGGAGUGAUUAUUAGAAACACCACCUGGUUGAGCAGACAAUCAAACUGAUUUUAAAUGUUUCUUAUUCAACCAUCUUUACCAGUGAUUCAACAGUUUUCAACGCAGUUUUUGUUUCUGUUUCGUUUAAAUAUUAAUUAAUGAUUCUUAAUGUGUUCCUUUUUACUUAACUUUGAAUGAGGAUUCAGAAAGUAUGUUUUAAGGGUAGUGAUUCUUGUAGCAUCAUAAAAUUUCUCAUAAUUAAAUGAAAUAAAAGUCUUUCAGAACUUGCUCUUAAUUCACAGGUUUAUUUUAUGCUUUUUUUUAAUUUCUCUUACCAAAUUUUCUUUUGAAUCCAAUCUCACCGUUACUUCCAUUUCCCAAUCAAUAUAUUUUAACCACUCUCCUAAUCCUCGUUUUCCUAAUCAAUCUUUACAAUCAAUUCGUUCCUUAAUUUGAAGUAUAUUUAUUGAGAGAACCGAAAGAUUCUUACACCUAACAGCAAUUUUUUUUAAAAUUUUCGGAGACGUAAUUAUCAACUAUCUAAACUCAAAGCAUUUUCAUUUUAAAUUCAGUUUUUCACUUCAUUUUUUUUUUCAAUUAGCUGUUAUUUAUUAAAUAACUGUUUUGGAAAGUAAAUCAAUGCUAAUUAAACUCUAAUAUGUAUCAUUAUGUCAGCUGUCAUAAUAUUGCAUAAAAAUGGAAAAAUUAUCAACAAAUGUAAUAUAAAUAUCAACUGAAAUAAUAUAGACUUAUUUAUGAAUUCUUGUAAUUUUAAAUAUAUUUUCUCGACGAAACACUUUAAGUGCUUGAUGGUCAAUAUGACUAAAUAAAAAAAUGCAUUUGGUGUAUAUAUUUUAUUUAUACAAAGAUUUGACUACUUUCAAAGUGUGAAAAUGUUUGAAAAAUAUUUAGAUAAUUUAUGUAUAUAUUGAUAAAGGCUUUUUUGUUUUUAUACUAUGAAGUUUGAAAUGUUUUUGAAAAUGUUUUGUACAAUUUUAUAAUAACAUUGACCUGUUAUGAGCCAAUAACUCAUUUGUAAUGAAUAAAAUACAAACAGAACGAA